UAGCUGAAAUGCGUUUAGCUUAGGUUGGCUUUAGUUGAGGAGUGAGUUAAUGGUGACUGACUGGUUGUCUGUAUCUCUGUCUUGGCCUGGUCCCCUGCAACUGUGCAAGCCUUACGCCGUCUUCUGCGUCCACUUGGUUUUUGGCUUUUUCACUCUCUUGAAAACUUGGGUUCUCUUUGCUCGAGCUUUAAGGAUUGUGCUUUUGAAAAUCUUUUAUUUAAACCAAAUUGGUCAGUUUUAAUGCAUUUGGAUUAGCGUCGUUUGAAUGCUUCGAGGAACUCUGUUUUCCUCAACAAUUUUUCUUCUUUAUCGUGAUGCAUUUUUCUGAAUCUCUAGCCUGAUCACUGGGUUCGUCUGAAAUUUCAUCUCUUCUUCAAGUGACAGGAUUUUUGAGGACUUCCUCUUAUUUGGAGCCAUGAUCCCUGAUUUUCUGGGUAGUUUUUGAUCUAAUGAUGAUUGGAAAAGUGGAAAAGAUUGAAUUUUUUAAGUAAAGGAGCUUAAUUUAUUUUGGAGGUUUUUCUUCACUUUGGCCUUUGGGAGCCAUUAAAAUUUGGUUUGACUGAUUCUUUAUCUUUAAAUUCAAUGUAAACUUUUUUAUUCCAUUACUUACUGAUAAGGAGGAAGAUUUUAUUCUGUAAAUUAUAGUUACUGAAAUAGCGGUUUUCGUCCUUUUCUUUUUCCCAUUAUUUUUCGCCUUAAAAGUGUAGUAGGUUGUCUUGUAGUGGUUUUUUUGGUCAGGCGUAUUUGUCUUGAAUCCUUGAUGGCUACAUUCAUGUAUGUUUCUUUGGAUUCUUUGAACCAUGCAUGAAGAGUUAAGAAUAGUGAUGGGAGGUACUAGCAAUGGCUAAGUGCUUGAAGUUGGGUUAUUUCUGAGUAAGCAAAACGCUGUUUCAGCCCUUCAUCAUGCCUUUGUCUGAGCUAUAUCGAAUGGCUAGGGGGAAGCUUGAUUCAUCUCAAGACAAGAACCCUUCAUGUUCAACUGAUCUGUCUUUUGUACCUGAGAAUGACUUUGUUGAGCUUGUAUUGGAAAAUGGUCAAAUUUUGAUGCAAGGUCAGUCAAGUAAAGCUAGAAGGAUUCCUGCUUGUAACAGCUUACCAUCUCAUUGUUUACCAUCGCACACUCCUAAGACCAGAGAUAAAGAUACAGGGAAUGGGGGAACUAAUACAAAAAUGGGAAAGUUUGGGACGAUUGACUCUGUAUUGAGUGAAAUCCCAAUGUCGGUGCCUUCUGCUGAAAUGAGUUUGAAUCAAGAUGAUGAAGUGGUGCCUUGGUUAAACUAUCCAGUGGAUCAAUCUCUACAGAGUGAAUAUUCCGAUUUCUUGCCUGAAUUAUCUGGGGUCGCUGUAAAUGAGACUUCUACUCAUAGUAACUUUGCAUCAUUUGAUAGAAGAAGCCAAUCCAUUAGAGAUUCCUGCACUGUUUCUCUAAAUAAUGGUGCGGUUUUUGAACAAGGAAAUCCAUCAAAGGUUCCUACACCAGCAGAUGGAGAAGCUAGGCCUAGAAGUGGUACCAGUCAAUUAUCCACGCUGCCAUCACAGCUAUGUCAAACGUCAUCUCCAUUUUUAAGAUCAAGAAUUUUGGAGAAUAUUGGUAACAGCCUGGGUCAUACCUCCACCCACCAUGCCAUUGGUGGAGAUUCAAUUGGAGUUCAAGCAUCAGAUGGUGGUUUGCCUGGCAUUAAGAUGCAGAAACAAGAUCAAGUAGCGCCUUGCAAUAACACAGUCUUGAUGAAUUUUUCCCAUUUUUCACGUCCUGCUGCUCUUGUUAAAGCUAGUCUUCAGAACAUAAGUGCUAUAGCUAGCAUUGAAAGGAUUGGCAGCAAGGAAAAGGGGUCUGCUGCCAGUAUUAGUGACCCUGCUGAUACCGCGUUCAUUGAUUCAAGUAUUGAUUUACAGAAGGAAAAGUUUUCACAGUGCCAACCUACGAUAGUGCUGAUGAAGACUGAUAGAAAAGAAUCCAAAGCUAAGUCUCUAGAUGAACCAGUUACUGCUGAACCAAUUGAUGCCAUCUGUGAAGAAAAUGCGCCCAAGAAUGUUAAAAACCCUAGUCAAGUUACUGGUGAAAGUGCUUCUAAAGGACUGCCAGAUGGUGAUAAGACUGUAGAGCCUGUGCUUGCUGCUUCUUCUGUUUGCUCUGGAAAUAGUGUAGAGAGAGCUUCUGAUGAUCCAGUAUAUAAUUUGAAGAGAAAAAGUCGUGAUAAUGAGGAGUCAGAAUGUCCUAGUGAAGAAGCUGAGGAAGAAUCUGUAGGUGUGAAAAAAGCAGUUCCUGCUCGAGGAGGUUCGGGGUCCAAGAGAAGCAGAGCAGCAGAAGUGCAUAAUUUAUCUGAAAGGAGGCGAAGGGAUAGGAUUAAUGAGAAGAUGCGUGCUUUACAGGAGCUCAUACCAAACUGCAAUAAGGUGGACAAAGCUUCGAUGCUUGAUGAGGCAAUUGAAUAUCUUAAGACACUUCAACUACAGGUGCAGAUUAUGUCCAUGGGAGCUGGCUUGUAUAUGCCACCAAUGAUGUUACCAACUGGAAUGCAACACAUGCAUGCAGCUCAUAUGGCGCAUUUUUCACCCAUGGGUGUUGGACUGGGAAUGGGUAUGGGUUUUGGGAUGCCAUUGCCUGACAUGAAUGCUGGAUCUUCUGCUCGACCUAUGGUUCAGGUGCCUCCAAUCCAUGGAGCACCUUUUUCAGGCCCUGGCCCCACUGCUCUCCAAGGGAUGGCAGGAUCUAACCUCCAGCUAUUCGGGCUUCCAGGUCAAGGACUUCCCAUGUCAAUGCCGCAUACACCAUUGAUUCCUAUUUCUGGUGGGCAUCUCAUGAAACCGGCCAUGGGAUUGAGUGCCUGUGGACUGGUAGGUCCUAUGGAUAAUAUGGGUUCAGCUACAGCUUCUAGUUCAAAAGAUCCAGUGCAGAAUAUCAAUUCACAAGUGGCACAGAAUACUAAUGUCAAUAGCUCAAUGAAUCAGACACCUAGUCAGUGUCCAACAACAAAUCAAAGUUUUGAACAGCCAGCUGCAGUGCAAGAGAAUGGUCAAGCAUCAGAAAUUACUGGUAGUGUACCUUUUAGAUCAGCCGAUGGAAAUGAAAAAGUACCUGAUAGGUCAUAAUUGGUAGCUAUUAUGGUCCUUUUGAUUGGAGGAGAGGAAUCCAUUUUGCUUCCGAUGGAUACCGAAGCUUUUUUUCCCUGAUGAGGUUGUACCUCAAUGACGGUCAGCUGAAUACUAAUUUCAGGAUAAUACAGUUACAAUUUGCACAGAUUUUGGUAUGUUGAGGAGACUUGAAAUCUUUUCUUGCAUAUGUACAUUCAUUUAUAUGAUCCAUGCAAAUAAUGCAAUGUUGUCUAAGAGAUAAAUACCUAAUAGUAUGUAUUCAAAUCGUUGUACACCUCUGGGUAACUAAUUCUUUGAAUUGAUGAAAUGAUAAUUAUCUUCUGUUACAUA